AUGUUACAGUCAUGCUACAAUCGGCUUACGUGGUUAGGUUAUUUAGUUCCUGGCUGGAAUACCGGGCCUGUUGAUAGAAAUAUUGUAAAUUUCAGCAGCUGGACCAUCUUCUUCUCGCAUCCACGUGAUUUCACGCCAGUAUGCACAACGGAGCUCGCUAGACUUAUCCAGCUAUCACCGGAGUUCCAAAAGCGCCAUGUAAAGUUGAUCGGGCUCAGCUGCGAUUCGGCACAGUCUCAUCGCGAAUGGGCCGACGACAUCAUUGCCUAUUGCAAGAUCCUCGGCGGUGCUGGCCAUAAGUGCUGCUCAGAAAAUAAGUUGCCGUUUCCCAUAAUAGCGGAUGAAGACCGUUCGCUAGCCACCAAGUUGGGUAUGUUGGACCCAGAGGAGCGCGACGACAAAGGGGCACUCACUGCACGCGCGGUCAGUUUACAGCGUUUUCUUUUUUACGUGUGA